CAGUGCGCGCACUGCCUCAAGCGUUGCAAGGAUGCCGACGCCCUGCGCAAGCAUCGGGAGCAGGCGAGGCACUCGCCGUGCGACCCGCUGUGCGGCGCGUGCGGCAAGCACUUCGCCAACCUGGACACCCUGAGGCAGCACCUGGCCGGUCAGCUGCCCAGCGCGCGGUGCAAAGCCGCGUACGAGGCGAGGGGAUGCGUCAGGUGCCUGACGAUCGAGCCCGAGGGGCGCGCGCACCGCUGCCCGUUUGAAUGGACAUCGGGAUUUCAAAAUGACACCGGGCGACGCGCGGUGGCGCUCGACUGCGAGAUGGUGGGCACGGAGGAGGACGGGAGCGGCGCCAUGUGCGCGCGCGUCUGCAUCGUGGACGUGCGCGGAUCCGUGCUGCUCUCCACGUUCGUCGCACCCGACCGACCAAUCACCGAUCACAGAACCAAACUCACCGGCGUCGACCCGGGCUCCCUCGUCGGAGCGCCGAGCCUGCGCGAGGUCAGAACGGCCGUGCUCGCCGUGCUCAACGGAUCCAAGCGCACCGCCGCCGCCGACGACGACAAAGCUCUCCUCGUGGGCCACGACCUGCAACACGACCUCGAGUGCCUGGGCAUCAAGUGGCCCGGGAGGCUGUGCAGGGACACCGCUCGGCAUCCGCCGCUGCAGCGUCACACGCACGCGCCGUUUAAGCUCCGGACGCUCGCCGCCGACCACCUCGGCGAAUCGAUCCAGCGCGAGGGGGUGGCGCACGACCCGCGGGAGGACGCGUGGGCGGCGAUGCGGCUGUAC